AGUUGUUUUCUGUUUAUGUUAGUGAGGUUAGUGAUUUUUCAAACAUUUUUGCGCCACUUUUGAUAGAAAAAGAAUGGAGUGCGAAUCAUGUUCAAUUAGAUUCGUUGAAAGUGUCUUAUUGACCGCUAAGAAGGAGGAUGUGCUUGAUUUUUUUUACAAGCAUGGUGUUAUGAAGCCAACUACUACAUGCAAACAAUGCGGCAAUAUCUUGAAAGCAAACGCCGAAGGAAAAUUCAGGUGCAACAAGCUUGUCCCAAGAACCAAUAAAAAACCAAAAAGUUGUAGAUUUUUUCUCUCGCAAAGAAAGGGAACAAUUUUGGAGCGGUGUAAAUUGCCUGUAGAAAAACUAUUCGUUCUAGUGUCCAUUUUGUUGCAAUUAAGACCACCUCGAUUUGAAUUUGUGAAGUGCGAGCUUGAAAUUUCCUCGAGGUCUAUGGUGAUGUGGUUCUCGUUUUGCAGAGAAGUCUUUCAGGACUUCGUGAUCAGCAACUCUGUAAAACUAGGAGGUCCUGACAGCUUCGUUGAAAUUCACGGGGCAAAAUUGGGGAAGAUAAAAUUUAAUGGGGAUGUGGAUAGUGGUGCGAACAAGCAGUGGUUUGGUGGAUACGACCGAAAUUCCAACAAUUGCUUCCUAGUACAAGUGGAAUCCAAAGAUGCAGAUAGUUUGCUUAGAAUAAUCAAAGACUGGGUUCUUCCUGGCACAAGCAUUUCUAGUCACUAUUGGGAAGCCUACAAAUGUUUGGACCAUGAAGGAUUUAGACAAGAGACCAUGGAUCAUUCCAAGCACUUUGUCGAUCCAGAUCCAGAUGCAGACAUGUACACUCACAAUUUGGAUAGAAUAUGGAGGGAAGUUCGGACCACUGUCCCUAGACAUGGGCAAGAGUACUUUGUAGAUUACCUGGCUGAAUUUUAUUUUAAGCGAAGAUUCUCUGAUCGAUUUGAGAGACUACAUGCAUUUUUCAUCGCAGCUGCAUCUUUCUGUCCACCAGCAUAUUAAGCUGAAAGAAGUUGAAAUUCUAAAACACAUCAUAAAUAUUCUGGCGUUACUACAGCAGGAGAGAACUUAACCCAAACAAGAAUGGCAUACUAGGAAUGAUUAGAAAAAUAGAUAAAUGGGGCUAUUUUCUAUUUACAAUAGCACAACUAAAUAUUCAGUACUGAAACUACUGCAUCUUAACAUAAUGGAAAGCUGUAGAAAACUAGUGGAACAUUGUGUAGAUGAUCUUCAUCCCAGAAAUAUACCAUUCCAACGGACAAUAUUAGGCGAGCGGUUUAUCCCUAUAAGUAGAGCAUCAACCGACUAUUUUUUUUUUUUUUUCAUUUCUGCAUCAAACCUAUUUUAUUCGAUUUUAUAUAUUUUUCUAAGUUCAAACAUAUUUCUUUUCUAAGUCGACCGGUAAUUAUUAUUAACAAAUAACUUAUAAAAAAAAAAGCAAUUUCACCGAAUUGCUUCAGGGUCAAUUUAUUAGGUGUAUCUCUCCUAAAUAAACAAUAAACACUUUUAUUCUCUUAAUAAUUUUCAAAAAGUGUUUCCUUUUCUAGUUAUUUGCAAGUUUUGUAGAAUAAAUGCAUUACUUGGUGAUUUUUGGGAUUUUCUUUUCUAAAAACUAAACACUACCAAAUAAAUUGCAAUUCUACGAAAAGCUUUAUAACUUUUACACCUUUUAGUAUAAGUAAGAAUAUUUUGAUAAGGAUAAGUGAUCUAAAUUUUAAUAAAAACAGUUUCAAAUUUAAACAAAGAUUAUUAUGCGCCGCGCUCCUGAAUCACUGCGACUGUUGUGCACAUUUAGGGUAUUCAGCAACGGUAGAGGCAUUCGAAAUAUUUGAGUUCAUUUCUUCAGCGAGAUAAAAGCCAUUGAUCCUUGUCAAAAUAUUCUUACUUAAACUUUGUAGUCUCGGCAUAUUAUCGGAGAACAGGCCAUUUUUGCGAAAAGUUAUUUACCAGCAAUUUUAUUGCUGGAAUCGAAUCUUAUGAUUGUAUACAUACAGUGAGCACGUAAAGGUUGGAAUAAAUUCAUUUUUUCAUGAACGGGCAAUUUUGGAAAUAAAUACCGAAACAGGUCAAUUUUUAUUUUUAAUUUACAACUUUUUGGUAUAUAUAUCAUACUAGUGACGUCAUCCAUCUGGGCGUGAUGACGUCAUGGAUGAUUUUUUUAAAUAAGAAUAGGGGUCGUGUGAUAGCUCAUUUGAAAGGUAAUUCAAUUAUCUAUUCAGUAAUAUAAACAAUAACAAUUAUUUAUACAGGGAGCCAAAAAAAAUUUUUUUGAAUUAAAUUUAUUGACAUAAAAAGAAGAAUGUGUGUAAUUUGUUUAAUUCAAAAUACAUUUUGCUGCUAUUAAAAAACACAAAAAAAAUGUUUAUUUGAAAAAUAAAUAUUGUUUUUUUGAAACUAAGUUAUCAAUCGAAGCAGCGCAGAAAACGACAAUAAAUAUCGCCUCCGUACCACCAGAUUGACAACAGGUGGAAUGUGGAAUACUUUCUUUGGUUACACCUCCUGAGACUUUUACAAUUUAUAAGUCAUACAGGUGCCGAGAAAAUUAAGAUGAGAGAAUUUUAAAUAAUUCACAACUCAUCUACUCAGCAUGGUAAAGCUCCAACAAGAAAGAUUCCUUAAUACUCAAAAGAGUAAAUGAAUUAAAAAUGUAUAAACAUUCUCAAUUUCUUUGCAAAACGAAAAUGCAGCAGCUGUAUAAUACUCUGGUUAAAGCGGAGAGUGCAGGAAGAGUCUAUACCGGUUUCGGAGAUCUUUUUCCCCUCAUCAGUAAACCCAUAUCCUCUUCUCUCCGCUUUAACCAUUUACCAUAGCUUAGGGCCUUCCCGAAUUGCAAAGAAAGAAAUGUCACGGAUGAACUAGGGCCAUCUACCGGAAAACAAACU